AAAGAAAAAGAAAAAAGAAUAAAUUAAAUAGAACCUUAUCAUCAUGCCCUCAAUUAUGGCCUUAUAUAUUGCCAGAGAAAGAAAGAAAUGCAUUAAUAAUUAGUGGGGAAGGAAGAAUGGCUGCAGAACUCUACGAUGCUGUAUACAAAGGGGAUGUAACAAAAUUUCAUAAACUAGUUGAACAAGAUCCAUAUCUCGUUGAAACUGCUUCAUUUUCAUGUUCAAGAAAUGUUCUUCACAUCGCAACAAUGCGGGGACAGACAGCCAUGGUGGAAGAGGUGCUGAAUAUGAAUCCGUGGCUUGCUCGGAGCUUAGACUCCCAACAACAGUCACCUCUGCACAUAGCAGCAGCAGAAGGGCGCUUCGAGAUCUCGAGAAAAUUGUUAUCAGGCCGGCCCUGCCCCGGAGACGCGCUGGUGGCGCGACUGUCGCGAUAUGAACCCGGUUCAUAUCGCGGCCGUAAAUGGGCAUGUUGAAAUGUUGGAACAUCUCCUUGAAGAGAGUCGUUUGCCUGCAAUGGAGAGGGUGGGUCGCGGGCAGACUGUGUUGCACUUGUGCGUCAAACACGGCAAGCUCGAGACAUUGAAGGUUUUGGUGGGCAAGUUGUGGGAGCUUGUGGAGGCAGUUGAUGAGGAUGGGGAGACCCUAUUGCAUUUGGCUGUUAGAUCCACUCAACUUGAGACUCUCCAAUACUUGGUGCAAAUCAUGAAAAUAAGGAGCAAGACGAAUUCCAUGGGCAAAACACCGGCGCAGAUCUUGAAUCGGAGCCCUCCGGCAGGUACAUCUCACUAUUCCGAAAUGGGGAGAAUCAUAGAUACUUGGUUUGCACCAAUUGUACAUUAUCACGAAAUCCUGCCCAAGAUGAGCGACGCAGUGAUGGUGGUGGCCGUCCUGAUAGCAACCAUGGCGUUCCAGAACGCCGUCAACCCACCCGGCGGCGUGUGGCAGGACGACACGUCGUCGCACAAGGCCGGCGAUGCUGUCAUUGCAUACACUCAUCCCGACAUAUACCAAUACUUGUUGAAAACUAACGGCAUAGCAUUCUUGUCAUCCCUCCUCAUAAUCUUCGUCAUCACCUCCGGAAUGACAUCCAAAAGCAUCUAUGUCUUGGGCAGCGCCAUCUUCUGUAUGUUGGUGGCGGUGACGGCUAUUGCAAUGAGUUGUGCUGCUUCCAUACAGGCGACCACUCCGGGAACCAAACCGACGAGAUCAACUGACACUGUUGUUUUUAAUUUGACAGAGUUAUUAACGUUGUUUGCAAUCUUUACCUUGUUUCCAAUAUCGACAUAUUUUUACGUCAAGAAGAAGAGAAGAAUGCUGCGGCAGGGUGUUGCUGAUCCUACACCCUUACGCGUCCUCCAUCGGAUGUUCGACAUUUAAGUUGAAGGGAUGUUUUAGAGACUAUUAUUCACCGUUCAUUAGGGGACACCAAGCAGUGCGAACUCCUGUCUGCGAGUGAGGUCUAAGGUUCAAACUCCAUCGCUCCUUCAUCCCCAAGUAAAAAAAAAAAAAAAAAAGAGACUUAUUCACCAUUUCUAAGUGUUAUAAUUCAAACAUAAAGGUCAAAAAUAUUUUAUACUUAAAUUAGUACUUUCUCUAUCAUUGUUCAAUUCUAAAUCUAAUUAUUUUCGAUUAUGUACUCUUUAUUUAUGCUAGUUGGGAUUUUAUUCUUA